UUACAUAUCGGUUACAUAACAAUUUAAAAAAAUUCCCGAUGAAUAGUGAAGUUCAAAAAUUAUUAAAAAAACGCGAUGAAUUAAAACGCGUACUUGAAGUAGAAGAGAAUUCAAUAAUGUUACGCGACAUUAUUUCUAAAGAAAAUUUUGAGAUACCAUCAAUAAUAAAUUUUGAAAUUCAAGAAAAAAUGGUUCAAGAGAUGUUUCGGGUCAAUAAAAGACGCGAAUGUGAUGAUUUCUUUAGAGCAUAUCGUCUCACUGGUAAAACAAUUUUUCCAUUAAAAGAAAAUCGAGUUGGAUUGAGGUUUGAAACAUUUUAUGGAGACAAAUACCGUGAACCUUAUUAUGUUAUUCUUAGUCAAAAUGAAGAAAAUGGCCUAUUAAGUAUUUUUAAACAUACGAUACCACAUUUCAUUCCUUUGAACGAAUUAGAAUCAGAUUACCUUAAUAAAAACAUAGAUUUUAUAAAUUCGCUUGAUGAUUACUUACAAGCCUUUGUUACCAGACGUGAAGAAGCUAGAAUAAUGCAGCAGGACGUGGGAGUCACCAAUUUGAAAUCUAAUAAUGCAUAUAAUUCAGUUGAAUUUUCGGUUAGGUUAAAAGAAAGUGUCAUCGAAUUCAAUCUAACUUAUGAAGACUUAAAAUUAACGACACCAACGAACGUAAUAAUGUAUCAAGUUAUCGAAGAUGAUGAUAAAUCCGUAUCGCGACGUCAGCGAUUAAGACGACGUGAAAAAGAAUUUAUGCAACGAAAUUUGGUGAAUGCAUUUAAUAAUAUGUUUUCGGAAGUUAAAUAA